UCCCGAUUGACUCCGCGCGGCGCGUCACGCUGUCAGCUCCAGCCAAUCGGCUUCAGACAAGUCGGAGGGGAGGGAGACGCAGAGGCGGACAAGAUGGCGGCGGCAGCUGUACAGGGCGGGAGAAGCGGUGGUAGCGGAGGCUGUAGUGGGGCUGGUGGUGCUUCCAACUGCGGGACAGGAAGUGGCCGUAGCGGCUUGUUGGAUAAGUGGAAGAUAGAUGAUAAGCCUGUAAAAAUUGACAAGUGGGAUGGAUCAGCUGUGAAAAACUCUUUGGAUGAUUCUGCCAAAAAGGUACUUCUGGAAAAAUACAAAUAUGUGGAGAAUUUUGGUCUAAUUGAUGGUCGCCUCACCAUCUGUACAAUCUCCUGUUUCUUUGCCAUAGUGGCUUUGAUUUGGGAUUAUAUGCACCCGUUUCCAGAGUCCAAACCCGUUUUGGCUUUGUGUGUCAUAUCCUAUUUUGUGAUGAUGGGGAUUCUGACCAUUUAUACCUCAUAUAAGGAGAAGAGCAUCUUUCUCGUGGCCCACAGGAAAGAUCCUACAGGAAUGGAUCCUGAUGAUAUUUGGCAGCUGUCCUCCAGUCUUAAAAGGUUUGAUGACAAAUACACCUUGAAGCUGACCUUCAUCAGUGGGAGAACAAAGCAGCAGCGGGAAGCCGAGUUCACAAAGUCCAUUGCUAAGUUUUUUGACCACAGUGGGACACUGGUCAUGGAUGCAUAUGAGCCUGAAAUAUCCAGGCUCCAUGACAGUCUUGCCAUAGAAAGAAAAACAAAGUAGCCAAUUCUAAAAGUAGCCCUCUUUCUCCUGGAUCUUGCUGAAUUAGUGGCUUGGGGGGUGGGGGAGAUAAAAAGAACUUAAAAUGGGUAAAGUAAGAAAUGUUAAAAAGUCCCUGUUUUGUCCUGAAAUUUUAGUCUAUUCUGGAUAAACAGGAUUUUCUGACACAGAUAUGAGAAGUUGUAGCUCUGAUGUCUAGCUGUAGUCUCCUUGAUCUGCUGAUUGCAUUAUUUUAAUUUGCUUUUCUGGGAAAGCAGUUUUGCUAAAAGCUGUACAGACUUUUUCUUUUGUACCUAGCAGUACUUUAUAUAGUAUAGCUUUGGGCCAUGUAGCAUUUUAAGACUCAAUUUAAAAAAAUUAUUAAUCUGUUGCUGACUCUUAAUUCCUAUUUCAAUAUGUGUUUCCUUGAAGAAUUCAGGAUACAACUUCUUGUGUAUGACAGCUUUCCUUCACACACUAUUUUUGUGGGUGUGUAUAUAUCUGAUUUGGGAAGAAUUUAAAAAACACAUAGCUUUUUAAUUUGUUUGAAACAGACUUUCUGCCUGUUACAUUUUGUGCUUUUAACCAAUUAAAGAAGCCAAUGGCAUUUUAGUUUUA